AUGGAUGAUGCCAAGGGCUUAUGGGCAGAGAAGUUACCCGAGGUCUUGUGGGCGAUCAGAAAGACCCCCACAGAGGCCAAUGGCGAGUCCCCUUUCUGCAUGUCAUUUGGCACUGAGGCGGUGAUCCCGGUCGAGCAGGAGGUGCAGAGCGAUAGAGUGGCAUGCUUCGAUGCACUCACCAACUCGGAAGGGUUGAACCUUGGCUCUGACCUCUUGGAAGAGCUCCGAGAGCGAGCCAACCUCCGCAACAUCAACAACAAGCAGCGUAUCGCCCGAUACUACAAUGCAAGGGUCUUGCCUCGCCUCCUUUCUGUUGGGAAUUGGGUAAUGAAAGAAAGGAUGCCAACUCUAACAGGGCUGAAAGCCACAUGGGAAGGGUCGUACGAGAUCACCGAGGCUGUCAGACCCAUCACCUUCUAUCUGAGGGGUACGGACGGUAUUAGUCUCCCACACCCAUAG